AUGCGUGCACUCCGACGAGUGUUGCUCGGAGCGCUGCUAAAAUGUGCGACUGCUGAUGUUCGGCGGCGAAACCAAUCGCCGCUCAGCCUGCCAAAGCGCAGCCAUGCACUGCAGCUGCGAGGCGGCACCAGCGCCGCCGCACCAACCACUUCGACGGCACCCGCCACGACACCUACAUCAGUCAAGAAGAAGCACGCCUACAUCACGCCUCGGGAACUGACGCAGAUCAUGGUCGCGGACCUCGCGCCGCACGGCAUGCUCCCCUUGGCGUGGGCGGCGACGCGCGGCGCGGGCACGGGCGUCGUGCCCGCCGUGUUGCUCUUGGCGGUCUUCGCGUCGUCUUCUGCGUAUACGUUGUAUUUGGCGGCGCAGCUCGCCGAGGCCGGCCGGGAGGCGCGGCGGGCCGCGCCGGCUCUCUCGGAGCUGUGGCGCGGGGCAAAAUUACCCUUGCCAAAGGCCGUGGACGCCAUGGUCGCGUUGCUCUGUGGCGGGUGUUGCGUCUUCUACGCCGCGUUCGCCGCGGACCUGUUCUACGCUUUGGCGAAGCGCCUAGGUCUAGGCACGUCCAGAGAAAUGGUUUUAGGUGUAUUGACGUGCAUACCACUAGCGCCACUUUGCCUAGGAGACGACCUGAGCGUGCUCAAGUACUCGUCGCUCGCCGGGUUGCUGGGAAUUGCCUAUACGGCGUCAUUUAUUGGUAAAAACGGCGUCACAACAGACGUCGCGCCCAUCCCAGCCACACAAACGUGCUCCGGGACGCUCGUCCUGGCCAACACGUUGGUGGUGGCCUUCCUCUGCCACUACAACGCGGUCCAGUACUACCGCGAGCUUUCGCCAAGAAGGCGGACGCCCGACAAGUUUAGGAGGGCGGUCCGGGGCGGCGUCCGUUUUUUUUGACCUUCGCUCUGCUCGACGGCGUGCGCGUCGCCCCCUACGCCGUCGACGCGACGUCUACGCACACAGGUCGUCCGGGGCGCCGCGCUCACGGCCCUCGUCUUCGCCGCGACGCUCUUCGGCGGCGCGCGGGCGUUUGGAUCAAACGCGCUGCCGAACGUGCUGAACAACUACGACGCCGACUCGCUCGGCGCGACGGUCGCGCGGCUGGGCACGGGCGUGGCCAUCCUGAGCGGCUUCCCGCUCAUGUUUGCCGGGUUGAAGGCCGCGCUCGACGGCUGCUUCAAGCUCCGGGGCCCCGCGCGGCCGGCGACGCACGGCGCGCUGCUCGCGGCGAUCGCGUCCGUCGCGGCGACGUCGUCCGAGGACGACAUCGGCCUCAUCAUCGAGCUGCUGGGGUCGACGCUCGGCGUCGCGGCGGCGUACGUCGUGCCCGGGCUCUGCGCCGCGCGGUCGAGUGCUCUCGAGAAGAAGCACCGGCGCUCGGGCGCUUUGAUCGCGGUGGGCGGGAUGGGGCUCUGCGUCGGCGGGACGUACCUCACGCUGAAGACCCACGCCUAGCUGAGGGGGGCUCGUAAAACUAAAUCGUAGUAUCAGCCCGUGCGUCGCGCGUCGCGGUGCCCAGACCUGCGCCGUGUCGAUGGCGUAGAGGUCCAAGCGACCAAGCGCACCGAGGUCGCGUCAAUGACGGGGUCAAACGAGGCCUGUACACCUGAUGCUUUGCCCCAGCUUUAGCAAAUUAAGUGGGAUGGCACUAGGCUUUUAGGCUUAUUUUUGGUGAAGGCAAGGCAGCGAUCGCCUUUGCGCCCGGCUUUGUGAGGCUGCUUGGGCAUCAUGGUUCGUUUCAGUGCUUGAUUUGACAUUUCAGGACCACCACCUACACACGAGCCGAGCGAUUUUGGCUGGCGCGCGCUGUCGCCAGCGAUUGGGCCGCCAAAAGAGCUGCUUGCAAACGCCCCUCAAAAGGCCGCCGCGAGCGACCGCAGCACUCCCACGCCGCCCAAGUGCUUUGCCUAAGCACGCACGCUCACUCGCGCGCCCGCAAACACCUCGCGCCGCCCCAAUCCCUCUCCCGCUACCGUCUCGUCUCACCCUCGAACCCCUCGCGCAGACGAAAGGUACCUCGUCGUUCGGAAAGCGGCACUCGAAGACGCACACGACCUGCCGGCGAUGCGGCAAGGUCUCCUUCCACCUUCAGAAGAAGGUGUGCGCCUCGUGCGGCUACCCGGGCGCCAAGAUGCGCCGGUUUAACUGGUCCGAGAAAGCGCUGCGGAGGCGCACGAACGGCACGGGCCGCAUGCGCCACAUGAGACACAUGCCGCGCCGCUUCAAGAACGGCUUCCGCGAGGGUACGCAGGCGAAGGCGGCGAAGAGCGUCGCCGCGUCGGCAUAA